AUGCUCAUUUUACAGGGAUUUGCGGAUGCCUCCGAGAAGGCAUUUGGGGCAGUGAUAUAUCUUCAAAGCAUUACAAGCCCUGGUGAAUAUUGUAGUAAACUUCUUUGUAGCAAAUCUCGUGUAGCACCAAUCAAGACUAUGACUAUUCCUAGAUUAGAACUAUCAGCAUGUCUACUCCUGUCCAAACUUAUGCAAAAGGUUUUAGAAGCUUUGAAACUCAAAAUUGAUGACGUUAAGCUCUGGUCAGAUUCAAGCAUUGCUUUAGCCUGGAUCAUCAAUACAUCACCGCAUCUUUUGAAAACCUUUGUGAGUAAUAGAGUCUCACAAAUUCAACAACUUACUUCUAACUAUCAGUGGGGACAUGUGUCUUCAGAAAUGAACCCAGCCGACAUCAUUUUCCAGAGGAUCAGAUGCUACGACUCUUGGAUCUAA